AUGUUGAACAUUCCUAUUAUUGCGAGCUCUAAGAGGUUCUUGUUCCCAAAGGAUCAUGAAUCUCAAGCUACGAGAGAUGAAGAGGUGGAACUGGAGAUGAGAGAAGGCCCAAGUUCAGGCUAUCGUCCAAGCUUCAAUGCAGAUGACGCAAUUUUGAAGAAAAACAGUGAUCAAGUUGACCUCGAUGCUAGCAAAUUAACAAACGUCACAUCAAGGGUUUUGAAUACCCCGGAAGCUUCUCUCAUCUACGACGAUGAUAGAGAGUUCCCAGAUGGUGGAAUCCAAGCAUGGUUGGUUGUAUUUGGAGCCUUUAUGGGACUGGUCCCAGUAUUCGGCUUAAUCAACUCCUUAGGGGCUAUUGAAUCGUACAUAUCUAAGCAUCAGCUGGAAAAAAUCUCCUCAUCGACAACGUCUUGGAUUUUCUCCUUGUAUCUAGCUAUCAGCUUUUUAAGCUGUAUAUUAUCUGGUGGCUAUUUUGAUAGAAAUGGUAGUAUUGGUUUGAUGUGCAUAGGUACAAUCAUAUAUACUGGGGGACUGUUUGCCUUGGCAAAUUGUAAGUCAGUAUGGCAGUUCAUUUUAGCAUUUUCCGUAUGCUCUGGGCUUGGAACGGGAAUUUUGAUGACUCCUUUGAUUGGCACUGUUGCCACGUGGUUCCUAAAAAGAAGAGGAAUUGCAACAUCCAUUAGCACCAUGGGAGGUUCGGUAGGUGGUAUAGUUUUCCCCAUUAUGCUGAGAAAAUUAUAUAAAGAAGUCGGCUUUCAAUGGGCUAUUCGAAUUUUGUCAUUCAUUUGUUUAAUGUGCCUCAUUUGUGCCUCGGUCUUAGCUAGAGAGAGAACCAAACCUAUUGUUCAACCAUUCAAAUCCAAUUCUGAUUUAGCAAAGUGGUACUUUUCCUCCGUUUUUAAUUGGAAGUAUUUUCUGGAGGGUAAAUUUUUGUUCGUGGCAAUAGGUGCUUCUUUUGCUGAAAGCUCACUAACUUCAUGCGCUACAUACCUUGCAUCUUAUUCUAUGGCAAGGGGAAACACAGAAAAUGUUGCUUAUACAAUGAUAACUGCUUCAAACGCUGUUGGAGUACUUGGAAGGUAUAUUCCAGGUUAUUUUGCGGACAAGUUCAUUGGGAGAUUUAACAUAGAAAUCAUUACCAUUUCAAUGGCAGCCAUAUUCAAUUUUGUCUUGUGGUUACCGUUUGGUGGUAACACGAAGGUUCUAUGGGCAUAUGUUUGUCUCUGGGGGUUUUCAACGGGAUCCAUCUUAUCACUAACGCCUGUCUGCAUUGGACAAAUAUCCAAAACCACUGAUUUUGGCAAACGUUAUGCAACAGUAUACCUGUUACAAUCGUUGAUAACAAUCCCAGUUUUACCUAUUGGUGGUACUUUGAUUGGCAAAGGUACUGUCGCAAACUAUAACCAUUUCAUUAUAUUCAAUUCAGCAUUAAUGGCAGCAGGUGCUGCAUGCUAUAUUAUAUCAAGGCACAUGUGUGUUGGUGCAAAACUAUGUAAGUUUUGA